UGCCCCCAGCGUUUCCAUCUCCCUGGUGCCCUUUAACUCCCAGCCCGACCCCGGCCGCCUGCUCUGCUCCGGGAUGGAUUUCUAUCCUGCCGAGAUCCAGCUGAGCUGCUCCCAGGGCCAGCAGCAGCUCUCAGGGAACGUGCUGGCCUCUGCCGACCCCAGCGGGGACUGGAGCCAGCAGCUCCUGGUGCUGCUGGAAACCCCCCCCCGGCAAUGCGGGCUCAGCUCCAGCUGCCAGGUGGAGCACGUCAGCCCGGAGCACCCCCUGAGCCGGCACUGGGAGAUGCUGCCGGACCCCAACUGCAGCAAGAAGCUGAUGGGGAUCGGGGGCUCCAUGUUGGGCUCUGUGUUCCUGGCGCUGGGGCUCAGCUUUUGCCUGCACAAGAAGUGCCGCACCUUGAUCUUCUCCUGGUACACGUGGUCAUCCUCGGCGUACUCCCUGUAG